UUAGACCAUUCAUGAACCCAAAGAAAAAUGGCGAAUACAAUUGCAGAACUCGUAUUCAUCCCUUCAAUUGGGGUUGGUCAUAUCAUCUCCACCAUCGAGAUCGCAAAACUGUUCGUGAAUCGUGAUCAACACCUUUCCGUAACCAUCUUUAUCUUUAAGACCCCUCCUGGCUCCGAUUCUGGCUCAGCCAUCACCACCUAUGUGACCAAAUCGUCGGCUAAAAUGGCUAUGGAACGUAUACGAUUAGUUGAACUUCCUCAAGAUGAAACCAUACCAAAACCCGACCCCAAAGCUCCCAUGACUUUCAUCAAUGAAUUCAUUAAAAGUCAUUGCAAGAAUGUCACAGAUGCUGUGUCAGAAAUCAUGAGCCGACCAAAUUCCGGCCGGCUUGUCGGGUUCGUCAUCGACAUGUUUUGCAUCAGCAUGGUUGAUGUGGCCAACGAGUUUCAUGUUCCAACCUACGUGUUCUACACUUCGAAUGCUGCUUUUCUUGGCUACAAGCUGUGUAUCCAGACCCUUCAUGAUACGCAGAACCAAGAUGUCUUAGAGUUAAGCAACUCCGAUGUCGAGAUAGCGAUUCCGAGCUUCGUUAACCCGGUGCCGGCGAAGGUCUUUCCGGCGGUGUACCAAAAUCAAGAAGGGCUGGAAUUUCUUCUGUAUUGUGUCCGCAAAUUCCGAGAGGUGAAAGCAAUUAUGGUUAAUACAUUCUUGGAAUUGGAAACCCAUGCAAUCGACUCAUUGUCUUCCGACACGAGCUUCCCGCUAGUUUAUCCGGUGGGACCCGUUCUUAAUCUAGACGAUAUCGCCGGAAAAGUCCAAGAUUCCGACGUUAUCUGUUGGUUAGAUGGUCAACCACCUUCCUCGGUGGUUGUGUUGUGUUUUGGCAGUAUGGGAAGUUUUGAAGAGGUACAAGUGAAAGAGAUCGCAUAUGCUUUAGAGCGAAGCGGCCACCGUUUCGUGUGGUCCCUCCGUCGACCUCCUUCACCGGAGCAAACGCUGAAAGUCGUCGGAGAUUAUGAGGAUCCAAGAGUGGUAUUGCCGGAAGGAUUCCUAGAGCGCACUGCCGGAGUAGGGAAGGUGAUCGGGUGGGCUCCACAGGUGGCGUUGCUGGCUCACCGUGCCGUCGGAGGGUUUGUUUCUCACUGCGGGUGGAACUCGAUAUUGGAGAGUUUAUGGUUCGGUGUACCGACGGCGGCGUGGCCAAUGUACGCAGAGCAGCAGAUGAAUGCAUUUGAAAUGGUGGUGGAGAUGGGAUUAGCGGUGGAGAUUAAGUUGGAUUAUAAGAAGGAUAUGUUUAAUACAAAGAGUAAUACGGUGGUUGUGACGGCGGAGGAGAUAGAGGGCGGAAUACGACGGUUAAUGGAGGAUAAGACGAUGAGAACAAAAGUGAAAGAGAUAAGCAAGAAGAGCAGGGCAGCGGUGGCUGAGGGCGGUUCAUCCUACGCUGCCAUUGGCUGCCUCAUUCAAGAUUUCAAAAUGAACCUUACAUAAAAGUUCAACAAGUACUAUCUUUAUCUGAAUUACUUAUCAUAUUUUAGAAAUUUUUUGAAAAAAAAGUUAUGUUUUAGUAGUUACAAAUAAUAAAUAAAAGAAUAACACUUUCUUUCGAUUUAGCAAUCGAUUGAAUUCAACCAAAGGCGUUGUGGUGUUGUGGUAUGUGAUAGGUGUGUGUAUGUGGUCCGAUUUCAUGAAACAAUCUUAAACCCCAACUGUUAAGGGAGUGUUUGGUUCGUGGAAUCUAAUUUGAUGGAAUUGGAAUUUAUCAAAUCAAUUUGACUUUCAUGGAAUGAAA